GUGCAUCAUUGUCGCGUCCUUUAACUGAUUUUUUAUUUUUUUAUUGUGAAAAAUAAUGAAGAUCCAAGUGUUAGUGUUUGUCGUCUGUUUAUUCGUGGCAGCAACUUGCGACCAUUUAAUUCUUGGGAAUACAAAUAACAAUCAGAACAUGAUUCAUCAUACGACAGCUCAUUAUACAGCGAUACCAUUUAUAAAGAGAGUUAAAAAUGUGUUCUACAGUGGACAUUCUGUUAUAAACAGUAUCAUGGCAUACGACAACAAACACACGAAUGCUACAGCGGCGGUAACAGCUGGUGGCAUCGGCUACACGUACGUCAAUCUUAGACUGAAGAGCGAGAGGGGAAAGGAACUAGAUUAUGACAUAGGGAUUUACGCCUAAAGCCUUAUACAGCCGGGACUUCUAACAUCCAACGUCGAGAGGGAUUCGACGUUCCGUUCGCCUAACCGCGCCCCGUGUGCUGUGUUAUUAAUCUAAGCUACAUAAUAAUAACUAAUAGACUCUUAACGUAUAGUAGGUGUGAAGAUUUUUUAUUUUGAUGAGAAAAACUUGACUUAAUUUAAAGUAUUGUAGAUCCUGAAACUGUUACUCAUUUGAUGUCCGAAAGAUUAACAUGGGCUUUGUCAUAAUAGAAUGUUUGUCAUAAUAUAAUAAAUAACUUAUU